AUGGGCAGCUGGGCCGCGGCGCCAUGGCGGCUGGGUGGCUGCGGCGGCCUCCGCCGUGCCUCGCGACGGGCGGGCAGCUCCCUGGCCGGCGGUGGGGAGCGGGCGGCGAGGCUGAGCGACCUGCUGAGGAGCUCGGAGCGGGACGGGGCGCCGGGAGAGGAGGCGGUGGCGGCGAGGCGGGAGCGGCGGCCCCCCCGGGAGGGCACGGUGCUGCUCUUUCCCGGGCAGGGCAGCCAUUUCGUGGGGAUGGGCCGCGGGCUGCUGCGGUACCCCGGCGUGCGGGAAAUGUACCGCCUGGCCGAGAAGGUGCUGGGCUACGACCUGCUCUCGCUCUGCCUGGAGGGGCCGCGGGCAGAGCUGGACCGCACCCGGCACUGCCAGCCCGCCGUUUUCGUCGCCUCCCUGGCUGCCGUGGAGAAGCUCAACCACCGGGAGCCUGACGUGCUGGAGAGCUGCGUGGCCGCCGCCGGGUACAGCGUCGGGGAGUUCGCCGCACUUGUGUUCGCCGGAGCCGUGGACUUCGCGGAAGCGCUGUAUGCAGUGAAGGUGCGUGCUGAAGCUAUGCAGAAGGCGUCGGAGGCUGUCCCCAGUGGGAUGCUGUCAGUGAUUGGCCGGCCAGAGGCAAAUUACAAGUUUGCCUGCUUGGAAGCUCGCAGGCACUGUGAAUCGCUGGGUAUAGAAAACCCCGUAUGUGAAAUUUCAAACUAUUUGUUUCCAGACAGCAGAGUCAUUGCGGGACACUUGCAGGCUUUGAAGUUUUUGCAGGAGAAUGCCCGAAAAUAUUAUUUUACACGUACGAAAAUGCUUCCAGUCAGUGGUGCUUUUCACACACGACUUAUGGAACCAGCAGUAGAGCCAUUGGCUGAAGUCCUAAAAUGCAUUGAGAUUCAAAAACCCCUGAUCUGUGUCUAUUCCAAUGUUGAUAGCAAAAAGUAUAUGCACUCAAAACACAUUCAGAAGCUGCUAGUAAAGCAGAUUGUUUCACCUGUGUUGUGGGAACAGACCAUGCAUUCUGUUUAUGAAAGAAAGCAAGGAACAGAAUUUCCUUACACGUACGAAGUGGGGCCUGGGAAGCAGCUAGGAGCAAUUCUCAAAAAGUGUAACCUAAAGGCCUGGAGGCAAUAUAGCCAUGUAGAUGUUUCAAAAGACGAGGAAGUAACGGAGACAUAAACAGAUUUUUGAGAAAAAUCCAUGCAACUUGUUUCUCUGUUAUUUAAAAAUAGCUUCAUGCUCCUAAAAGAGGAAGUCUUAAGCGUUGGUUGCUUCUCGCAAUGAGAAGAGCACCAUGCUUGUCACUGCAGUGAACAUUGUCCUUCCCUGUGUGCCUCGGAUGUGGAACAAGAGAGCAGCUUGCAAAGUCGCUCUUCCACCUGUGUUGGGACUGCAAAACUGCCAAUAAACAUGCCAAAUAGUGUUCUGUUUGGCCUUAAUCCUGCAA